CAGAAAAUGGUGGAGGUCACCGAAAUUGACAAAAUCGCUACACGAGAGUGUCCAUUCUGAAUAUUUAUUCAUGUGUAGCUGAUUGUUGAUUUGUUUUAUUUAUCUAACCUAAAAAUUGCCGUAGUUAAUAAAUAUAAUAGUUUUCAAAUAUAACACUUUAAACUAUUAUCAUAAUCAUGGGAAAAAUUUGUGCCAUCAAGAGUUGUUCAAGUGGUCGUAAACGUUUAAAAGAUUCUCAGGAACCCAUGUCAUUUUUUCAGGCUAGAUCAUGGAAGUUAGCGAGUUGGAGAAAAUCCUUACGCAUGAAUUUGAAGGAAACGGACUAUAUUUGUCAGCUUCAUUUCAAGAAAGACUAUAUUGAAAUGUAUGAUGAAAUAACAGUAGGCAAUGAUGUUCAUUACAGAUAUUUGAGUCAGAAAAAGCUAAAAGAAGAUGCUUUGCCAACUAUUGAACAUCAGUAUGAAUUCGAUUCAGAAUCGCAAAAGGAGCAAGAAUCGAUUGAGAGCUUGGAAUGUAGAAAGAAACCGAAGUGUACUGAAAUGGAUCCUCUGAGUUUAUCUCUCUUGGAGAAUAUGGACCAAGUUGAGUUUGUAAUUGAUAGCGAUGAAGAAGGAGAGUAUUCUGAGAAUGGUAAUGCACCAGAGGAUCACGGAGAAGAACAGUAUCAAGAGAUGGAAGAAUGUGACGGUGACAUAGAAGAACAAGAGAUGGAAGAAUGUGACGGUGACAUAGAAGAACAAGAAGGAGAAGUGGAAGAAGAAGAAGAAGGUAAAGUGGAAGAGCAAGAAUGGGAAAUUGAAGAACAAGAAAGUGACAAGGAGGAACAAGAAUAUGAUGUGGAAGAACAAGCUGGUGAUGUGGAAGACCAAGAAGAUGGCACAGAAGAACAAGAAGACGAAGAAGGUGAUAUAGAAGAACAAGAGGACUUGGAGGGACAAGCAGGUGAUACGGAUGAACAGAAUGAUAUAGAAGAAAAAAAUGAUACAGAAGAUGAGUCGUUUGAUCACAGGGAAUUUAUCGAAAGAGACACAGGAAACAUUAUAGAGAUACACGUUGACGAAGAUGAAGAUGAGGUAACGGAAGUUGCACCUUUCAAAAAAAUGAAAAUUUCCAAUGUUAUGUCAGUGAAUGAUGGUACAGCUGCCACUUCAGACGCACCAUCUGAAGAAAGAAUUGUCAAGUUCAGAACGAAAAUAAAGGAGUUGUUGUCUAAAAAUGCCUCGGCUGUGAAAAUCCCCACUGAUGCACCUACGCCUGCUCCUCCUUCCGGUGUUCUUUCCAAAGCAUCAACUAGUGACAAAGAAAACAUUCGGUCACCUGCACGCGAGAAUAAGAAGGGGGCUUUGGGUGUUCCAGACGGUACAAGCGUGGGUAUCAAGGGAGUAGCUAAAUUAGCACCCGCUAAAGUUAAAAUUGGCCAGGAUUUGAAGAAAGUGGUAGUCGUUAACAAUCAGCAGGAGUUUCCUUUGGAAGAGGAUCCGUGCCGGAUCAACCCGUGCUUUGUUCCCGGCUGCAAAAUCUACAAGAACGAGCAAAUGUUCGCCUUUGGAGUCCCUCAGAACGAAGCGACCCUCAAAAUAUGGGAUAUGUGCAUCGACAAUAAGGAACACAAGUUAGACUUCAACCAUGUGAUUUGUUACAAACAUUUCUCUCAAGACGAUGUGUUGCACAACAUCAGGAUCAUUAAUAAAAACGGAGAAGAGAUUGCAGUGGACGAACCAAAACUAAGAAAGGGGGCUUUUCCCUGCGUGAAAUACUGGAACGUCUGCUGCAUUAGGAGUUGCAAAAAAACUACAGGCAGAAUGUUCACGUUUCCCGUGGAGAAGAAGGACAACCUCAAUCUUUGGAUGUACCUAAUCAAAAAUCCCGACCUGAAAAAGCUGCCGCUGAAGGAAUUGCUGAGAAACAGGGUGUGCGAGAUACACUUCGAACCUGCUUCAUUCGACGAAGAAGGCGAUUUGACGUAUUCGGCGGCUCCUACUCUGUUUUUGCCAGAAUCAGUUCCGCUGACAGUGCCUCAGACAUCGAAUGUAGGAAACCGAAUCAAACAGUGUAUUUUCAGAAAGUGCGGUGGCAGCAGCCGUAGGUACCUGAAGAAAGUAUUUUCUUUUCCAGAUAAUUUUCAGAGGUUAUAUAUUUGGCUUGAAGCUUGUAAACGAGUGGAUUUGGUAGGAAAGACUCUGAAUGAGACCCUCGAGAAAUUGGGAAAUGUUGGUGUUUGCGACUAUCACUUUGAUCUCACAGAUUAUGAAAAUUCUGCGUUGGACAAACUCAAGGACAGUGCUGUUCCCAAGAAUCGGAGACGUCUGGUGGAAAAUGGCGAAGCGGUGGAAACCGGUGCAGUAAAACGACCCAAUCCUAUCAAAUUGAUUCCAAUCCUAACGGACUCUUGCAUCUACAGAGGCUGUAAAAGCAAGGCUACAGAAGAAAACCCGUUUUUCUUUUUCCCAUCAGAAGCUAACAGGUACAAGGAUUGGAUGGCCGCGUGCGGAUACAGUUAUAGCGGCCCAAAUUUCUACGCCUACAAAAUUUGCCCGAAACAUUUCUCGAAGGAGAUGUUCAAUGAAAAUGGUUUCUUGCUGGAGAACGCCAAACCGGAUCUGUACCCGGAUCCGAAACUAAUAUCCCUCUCGAUACCGAUCGUUCAUCCGAAGAAGUUCCUCAAAGCUGAUAUGACCUCGCAGAAAUUUCGGACAGAGAAUACAGUGGAAACGGUGCUAACGUUCGGGAAUGACAGAGAAGUCAUCAUCAUUCAAGAUGUCAUCAACAAUGAUGCUGAAGAUGAUGCAGGAGAGGGCGAGCUGAUUUGCGCUGUAAAAAAUUGCAAGAGCGUUUACAAAACCUCCACAGGACAAUAUCACAGGUUUCCUGAACCAAGAACUGAUUCUGAACGCUUCGAUAUUUGGCGGAAAUUGGUUGCAAACAGUAACCUCGAUAAUAUAUCGCGCAAAGAGAUCUGCAGGAAAUACAUGGUUUGCAAGAGACAUUUCGAGAAGAGAUUCUAUACGAGAAGUAUCCCGACGCUGAAAGAGAAGGUCCUCAGCCUUGAAGCUGUUCCAACUUUGCACCUGCCUGCUGACAGCUGUCUCUUGAAGGAAUGGGAUAAUUACAAGGACAGGUUGAAGAAGUACUUGGAUGCUUUGGCAAAAGAAAAUGCUGAAGAAGAUGAAGAAAAGGACGAGCUGGUUUGCGCUGUCAAAAAUUGCACGAGCGUUUACAAAAUCUCCACAGGACAAUAUCACAGAUUCCCUGAUCCAAAAACUGAUUCUGACCGCUUCGAUAUUUGGCAGAAAUUUGUUGCAAACAAUAACCUUGACAAUAUGACGCCGGAAGAGAUCUGCAAGAAAUACAUGGUUUGCAUGAGACAUUUCGAGAAGCGAUUCUAUACGAGACGCAUCCCGACGCUAAAAGAGAAGGUCCUCAGUCUUGAAGCCGUUCCAACUUUGCACCUGCCUGCUGAUAGCUGUCUCUUGAAGGAAUGGGAUUAUUACAAGGACAGGUUGAAGAAGUACCUGGAUGCUCCGGCUAAAGAAACAGAGGGUGACAUUGAAAUUAUCGAAGAUGAGAAGGAAGGUCAGAACAAUGAACAUGAUGAAGGGCCUCCGAAAAAAAAGGUCGUUUCUUCUUGGGUUGCCACUGAAACUGUAAGGCUGAGCGACCUUCACGACAAAACAAGAUGUGUGCUGGAAAAAGAUCGACUUAGUUUUCCAGGCAUGGGUUGUAAUCUGUUCAUUACUUCAAACGAUACAAAGGCCAGGUUUCCGUACAACGUCUAUAGAGCGUUCCCAACCUGCUACGGAAUGUCGAAUACUGUUAAACCUGGUGAAAAUGUGCAUAUUCACACUGCUAUCAUAAUCGAUGAUGACGACGAGUGCGAGAGGCAAGUCUUGCAGCAAUUGAUGGACAGAAGAAAGAAAAGGAAAAAGAAUUUGGGGAAGCCUGCCGAAGAAACAGCCAAAGAACCCGAGUCUUGAACGGCGUUAAAAAGUGUUGUUGGUCCUACGAGCCGGAUCAGUGAUGUGCGACGAUAAUUUGAUGUUUCUACGAUAAAGAACUAUUCUUAUUGAUGAGUAGAAAUUAGAAACCCUAAUGGAAGUUACUUUUUCCUCACCAUAACACCAGAGACAGCAUUUUUGUUCUGGUGAGGAAACAGUGUUUCCAAUAUUGUUUCACGAGUAGGUUAAGAAAAGAUUCACCUAUUUUGUGGUUCGUUUGUAAAUAUAAGAAAGUAUUUUAUAUGAAA